UACGAUUUCGCAUGUUUAAUACAGAGGGUGUGGUUAACAAGGUUUGAGAUUUGGAGGCUUUUCUUCACUGUAAAUAUAUACUAGUGAAAUGGCUCUUCGAAGAAGCCUCUCUGACAGCCUGCUACUUGAAGUUGACAAUGUGUCUGUAGAGGGUUUGGAAUACACAGACCUGCACUUACAUGAAGAUGAUGAAAUUGUGGGUGCCAGUGGUCAGUUUGAACUAAAGAGGAAUGAACAAAAGAAGAAUGAAGCUGUGGACAUUUUAAAGUUGAUUGAUAAUGACAAGGGGAUUACGAAGCAUGGUAUGAAAUCCAGCAAGAGCUUGGAAAGCCUGGAUAUCAAAGCUCCAAAUGAGGUGUGGAAAGAUUCAUAUGACAAGCUCUUCAAUGCUAAAGUCAGAAAAUUCAUGAAAGGAAAUAAAACUGUUAAGGAAAACAGACAUGGCAUACACAAUGGACCAGUGACAACCCAAACACUUGACCGCAAAAGAGGUCAAGUAAAUGUGUCGUCUUUACUUGAGAAUGCCGAUCGAAUGCGUCUCACUCCAUAUGAAACAGAAUUUGACAAUCAAGUGGGGCCAUUCAUGGUCCAUUAUGAUGCCAAGGAUUCUACAGGUGAAUAUGACUCUGAAAUGUUAGUACAAGGAUCUGACCUGCUGAGAUCAGCAAAGAUCAAAACCAAUAUUUCAAGAGAUGAUCCAUCGCAUCAUUCCACAAAGAACUUGACCAGUGUUGAUAGGGAAAUCAACAUACGUGGUGGAACAUAUACAGAUCCAAAAAUAGAUGUUGGUAUUAAUGCACCAGAUUCAAAUCUUACACUGACAAAUACCCAAGGAUCUCCUGUGAUGCACCUCACAAAAGGACAUUUUAAAGGCCCAAAAGCAGUGCUUAAUUCUUCUGAUAUGGAUAUGGAUGUACCAUCGGUUAAUGUCAAGAAGCCAAAAUUUAAACUGCCAAAGUUUAGCCUCUCUGGAAACAAGAACACAGACAUCAGUUAUGAUGGAAGUAUGAAGGGGUCAAAACUGGCAUACCCUGAAGUAGCUGCAGGUCUUAAUGAUUCUGAUAUACAAAUUGAUGGACCAAAGGCUGAUUUCAAAGUUCUAAAAACAGACCUUCCAGACAUGGAAAUGUCAUCUGGAAAACUGAAAACGACCACUUUCAGCAUGCCUAAUUUUGACCUGUCAGGACCCAAAAUAAAAACAUCUGACUAUGAUCUGUCCGCUCCCAAAUUUAAGACAGACUUUGAUUCACCAGACAUCAACAUAAGAGGUCAUAAGCCAGAUAUCACAGGACCUGACAUGGAUGUUGAUAUUCCUGAAGGUACAUAUAAAGGACCAAAUUUCAAGAAACCCAAUCUUGACUUAAAUGCACGUGAUCUCGGCAUAAAUGUUCCUUCUGGUAACCUUAAACUGCCAAAAGUUGGCUUCUCUGGUAGCAAGCCAGAAGAAACUGAUCUUAAAAUCAAAUCUCCAGACCUGAAUCUCAAAAGCCCCAAAAUUAAGGGAGGAAUCGAUGACAUGGACCUGACUCUGCCUCAAACUGAUGUGAAAGGCCCGAACCUAGAUAUCAAAUCAUCUGAAGUUGAUGUUAAUGGCCAAUCAGGUAAAUUGAAUAUGCCAAAGGUAAAGAUGCCCAGUUUUGGCCUGUCAGGUUUGAAGGGGCCACAUAUGAACAUGGAUGCUGACAUUGAUAAGCCAGACCUCAAUCUGAGUGCAUCAACUCCCAAACUAAAUGCAGGGAUAAACAGUCCUGAUAUUGACAUUCAUGGACCUAAUGUUGAUCUCAAAGGUCCAAAAACAGAUCUUACGCUUCCAGACAUGAACAUGCCAUCUGGAAAAAUGAAAAGGCCAACUUUCAAGAUGCCUGAUUUUGGUCUCUCAGGACCUAAAAUGAAAAAGCCUGACUAUGAUCUGACGACUCCAGACAUGGAUCUUUCGGCCCCACAGUUUAAGGCAGAUUUUAAUUCACCAGAUAUCACGGCACCUGACGUGAAUGUUGAUUUCCCUAAAGGUAAAAUUCAAGGACCAAAUUUGAAGACACCCAAUAUUAACAUGAAUGCACCUGACCUCAACAUAAAUGCUCCUUCGGGUAAACUGAAGCUGCCAAAAUUUGACAUCUCUGGUAAAAAAGCAGAAGGGCCAAAUCUUAAAAUCAAAUCUCCAAACCUGAAUCUCAAAAGCCCCAAAAUAAAGGGAGGAAUCGAUACCCCAGACAUGGAUCUGACUCUGCCUCAAACUGAUUUGAAAGGCCCAAACCUAGAUAUCAACUCACCAGAUAUUGAUGUCAAUGGUCCUUCAGGUAAAUUUAAUAUGCCAAAGGUAAAGAUGCCCAGUUUUGGCCUGUCAGGUUUGAAAGGACCACAUAUGAACAUGGAUGCUGACAUUGAUCAGCCCGACCUUAAUUUGAGCACAUCAACUUCCAAACUAAAUGCAGGGUUAAAUAGUCCUGAUAUUGAUGUACAUGGACCUAAUAUUGAUAUCAAAGGCCCGAAAACAGAUCUUACACUUCCUGAUAUGAACAUGCCAUCUGGUCAAAUUAAAGUUCCCACUUUCAAGAAGCCUGAUUUUAGUCUCUCAGGACCCAAAAUAAAGACUCCUGAUUAUGAUCUAAAAACCCCUGAAAUGGAUCUGUCCGCUCCAGAGUUUAAGGCAGACUUUGAUUCGCCAGAUAUCACAACCCCAGACUUGAAUGUUGAUAUACCUAAAGGGAAAAUUAAAGGACCAAAUUUCAAGAAACCCCAUCUUGAUGUGAAUGCACCUGACCUUGACAUAAAUGCCCCUUCAGGUAAACUGAAACUGCCUAAGUUUGGUAUCUCUGGUAGUAAGCCAAAAGGGCCUGAUCUUAAAAUCAAAUCACCAGACCUGAAUCUCAAAAGCCCCAAAUUUAAGGGAGGAAUCAAUGCUCCAGAUAUGGAUCUGACUCUGCCUCAAACUGAUUUGAAAUGCCCAAAUCUAGAUAUCAAAUCACCUGAUAUUGAUGUCAAUGGCCCUUCCGGUAAAUUGAAUAUGCCAAAGCUAAAAAUGCCCAGUUUUGGCCUGUCAGGCUUGAAAGGGCCACAUACGAAGAUUGAUGCUGACAUUGAUCAGCCCGACCUUAAUCUGAGUGCAACAACUCCCAAACUUAAUGCAGGGAUAAAUGGUCCAGAUUUUGAUAUUCAUGGACCUGAUGCUGAUUUCAAUGGUCCAAAAACAGGCCUUACGCUUCCAGACAUAGACAUGCCACCUGGAAAACUGAAAAUGCCCACUUUCAAGAUGCCUGAUUUUGGUCGUUCAGCAUCAAAAAUAAAGACACCUGAAUAUGAUCUGAAGACUCCUGAAAUGGAUCUGUCAGCUCCGAAGUUUAAGGCAGACUUUGAUUCCCCAGAUCUCAACAUUGGAGGUCAUAAGCCAGAUAUCACAGCACCUGACAUGAAUGUUAAUUUCCCAAAAGGAAAAAUGAAAGGACCAAAUUUCAAGAAACGCGAUCUUGACAUAAAUGCACCUGAUCUGAAGGGGAACAUAAAUUCCCCUUCAGCUAAACUGAAGCUGCCAAAAUUUGGCUUCUCAAGUAGCAAGCCAAAACGGCCUGAUCUUAAACUCAAAUAUCCAAAGCUCAAUCUCUCUAGCCCAAAAAUGAAGGGAGGAAUCAAUACCCCAGACAUGGAUCUGACUCUGCCUAAAACAGAUUUAAAAAGCCCGAAUGUAGAUAUCAACUCACCUCAUAUUGAUGUCAAUGGCCCUUCAGGUAAAUUUAAUAUGCCAAAGCUAAAGAUGCCCAGUUUUGGUCUGUCAGGUUUAAAAGGGCCACGUAUGAAUGUGGAUGCUGACAUUGACAAGCCUGACCUUAAUCUAAGUGCAUCAACUCCCAAACUAAAUGCAGGGAUAAAUAGUCCUGAUAUUGACAUUCAUGGACCUAAUGUUGAUCUCAAAGGCCCGAAAACAGAUCUUAAACUUCCAGACAUGGACAUGCCAUCUGGAAAAAUGAAAAUGCCAACUUUCAAUAUGCCUGAUUUUGGUCUCUCAGGACCCAAAAUAAAGACUCCUGACUAUGAUCUGAAGACCCCAGAAAUGGAUCUUUCGGCUCCAAAGUUUAAGGCAGACUUUAAUUCACCAGAUAUCACAGCACCUGACAUGAAUGUAGAUUUCCCUAAAGGUAAAAUUAAAGGACCCAAUUUCAAGAAACCCAAUCUUGAUAUGAAUGCACCUGACCUUGACAUCAGUUCCCCUUCAAGUAAAUUGAAAUUGCCCAAAUUUGGUUUUUCUGGUAGUAAGCCAAAAGGCCCAGAUCUUAAAGUCAAAUCUCCAGACUUGAAUCUCAAAAGCCCCAAAAUAAAGGGAGGAAUCGAUACCCCAGACAUGGAUCUGAAUCUGCCUCAAACUGAUUUAAAAGGCCUGAACCUAGAUAUCAAAUCACCUGAUAUUGAUGUUAAUGGUCCAUCAGGUAAACUGAAUAUGCCAAAGGUAAAAGUGCCCAGUUUUGACCUGUCAGGUUUGAAAGGGCCACAUAUGAACAUGGAUGCUGACAUUGAUAAGCCAGACCUCAAUCUGAGUGCAUCAACUCCCAAACUACAUGCAGGGUUAAAUAGUUCUGAUAUUGAUGUACAUGAACCUAAUGUUGAUCUCAAAGGUCCGAAAACAGACCUUACUUUUCCAGAUAUUGACAAGCCUUCAGGAAAAAUGAAAAUUCCCAAUUUAAAGAUGCCCAAGUUUGGUGUCUCAGGACCAAAAGUAAAUACGCCUGACUAUGAUUUGAAGACCCCUGAAAUGGAUCUGUCAGCUCCAAAGUUUAAGGCAGACUUUGAUUCUCCAGACCUAAAUGUCAAAAUCCCCAAAAUAAAGGGAGGAAUCGAUACCCCAGACAUGGAUCUGACUCUGCCUCAAACUGAUUUGAAAAGCCUAAACCUAGAUGCCAAAACACCUGAUAUUGAUAUUAAUGACCCUUCAGGUAAAUUUAAUAUGCCAAAUCUAAAGAUGCCCAGUUUUGGCCUGUCAGGUUUAAAAGGGCCAAAUAUGAAUGUGAAUGCUAACAUUGAUCAGCCCGACCUUAAUUUGAGCACAUCAACUCCCAAACUACAUGCAGGGUUAAACAGUCCUGAUAUUGAUGUACAUGGACCUAAUGUUGAUCUCAAAGGUCCGAGAACAGACCUUACUUUUCCAGAUAUUGACAAGCCUUCUGGAAAAAUGAAAAUGCCCAAUUUAAAGAUGCCUAAGUUUGGUGUCUCAGGACCAAAAGUAAAGAUGCCUGACUAUGAUCUAAAGACCCCUGAAAUGGAUCUGUCGGCUCCAAAGUUUAAGGCAGAAUUUGAUUCCCCAGACCUCAACAUUAAAGGUCAUAAGCCAGAUAUCACAGGUCCAGACAUUAAUCUUGAUUUCCCUAAAGGUAAAUUUAAAGCACCAGACUUAAAGGCACCCAAUCUUGACAUGAAUGCACCUGACUUCGACAUCAAUGCCCCUUCAGGUAAAUUGAAGCUGCCAAAAUUUGGGUUUUCAGGUAGUAAGCCAAAAGGCCCAGAUCUUAAAAUCAAAUCUCCAAAGGUGAAUCUCAAAAGCCCCAAAAUGAAGGGAGGAAUAGAUGCCCCAGACAUGGAUCUGAAUCUGCCUCAAACUGAUUUGAAAGGCCCAAACCCAGAUAUCAAUUCACCUGAUAUUGAUGUUAAUGGCCCUUCAGGUAAAUUUAAUAUGCCAAAGCUGAAGAUGCCCAGUUUUGGCCUGUCAGGUUUGAAAGGACCACGUAUGAACGUGGAUGCUGAUAUUGAUCAGCCCGACCUCAAUCUGAGCACAUCAACUCCCAAACUAAAUGCAGGAAUAAAUAGUCCUGAUAUUGAUGUACAUGGACCUAAUGUUGAUCUCAAAGGCCCCAAAACAGACUUUAUUCUUCCAGACAUUGACAAGCCUUCUGGAAAAAUGAAAAUGCCCACUUUAAAGAUGCCCAAGUUUGGUGUUUCAGGGCCAAAAAUAAAGACGCCUGACUAUGAUUUGAAGACCCCUGAAAUGGAUCUGUCAGCUCCAAAGUUUAGGGCCGACUUUGAUUCUCCAGACCUGAACAUUGAAGGUCAUAAAACAGAUAUCACAGGUCCAGACAUGAAUCUUGAUUUCCCUAAAGGUAAAUUUACAGCACCAGACUUAAAGACACCCAAUCUUGACAUGAAUGCCCCUUCAGGUAAAUUUAAGCUGCCAAAAAUUGGGUUUUCAGGUAGUAAGCCAAAAGGCCCAGAUCUUAAAAUCAAAUAUCCAAAGCUGACUUUCAAAAGCCCCAAAAUGAAGGGAGGAAUAGAUGCCCCAGACAUGGAUUUGACUCUGCCUCAAACUGAUUGGAAAGGCCCAAACCUAGAUUUCAAAUCACCUGAUGUUGAUAUUAAUGGCCCAUCAGGUAAAUUGAAUAUGCCAAAGUUAAAGAUGCCAAGUUUUGGCCUGUCAGGUAUGAAAGGGCCAAAUAUGAAUGUGGAUGCUGACAUUAAUAAGCCUGACCUUAACUUGAAUGCAUCAGCUCCUAAACUAAAUGCAGUGUUAAGUGGUCCUGAUAUUGACUUAAAUGGACCCAAUGCUGAUUUUAAAGGCCCAAAAACAGACCUUACUCUUCCAGACAUUGACAAGCCUUCUGGAAAAAUGAAAAUGCCCACUUUAAAGAUGCCCAAGUUUGGUGUCUCAGGGCCAAAAAUAAAGACGCCUGAAUAUGAUUUGAAGACCCCUGAAAUGGAUCUGUCAGCUCCAAAGUUUAAGGCCGACUUUGAUUCCCCAGACCUGAACAUUGAAGGUCAUAAGCCAGAUAUCACAGGGCCAGACAUGAAUCUUGAUUUCCCUAAAGGUAAAUUUACAACACCAGACUUAAAGACACCCAAUCUUGACAUGAAUGCACCUGACCUUGACAUAAAUGGCCCUUCAGGUAAAUUUAAGCUGCCAAAAAUUGGCUUCUCGGGUAGCAAGCCAAAAGCUCCAGAUCUGAAUCUCAAAAGCCCCAAAAUGAAGGGAGGAAUCAAUACCCCAGACAUGGAUCUGACUCUGCCUCAAACUGAUUUGAAAGGCCCAAACCUAGAUAUCAAUACACCUGAUAUUGAUGUUAAUGGCCCUUCAGGUAAAUUGAAUAUGCCAAAGUUAAAGAUGCCCAGUUUUGGCUUGUCAGGUUUGAAAGGGCCACAUAUGAACAUGGAUGCUGACAUUGAUCAGCCCGACCUUAAUUUGAAUGCAUCAACUCCUAAACUAAAUGCAGGGAUUAAUGGUCCUGAUUUUGACAUUCAUGGACCUAAUGCUGAUUUCAAGAGUGCAAAAACCAACCUUGCAUUUCCAGACAUGGACAUGCCUUCUGGAAAACUGAAAAUGCCCACCCUCAAGAUGCCUGAUGUUGAUUUCUCAGGACCCAAACUCAAAACAUCGGGCUAUGAUCUGAAUACCCCUAAAAUGGAUCUGUCAGCUCCAGAGUUUAAGGCAGACUUUGAUUCACCAGACCUCAGCAUCAGAGGUCAUAAGUCAGAUAUCGCAACCCCAGACUUGAAUGUUGAUUUACCUAAAGGUAAAAUGAAAGAACCAAAUUUCAAGAAACCCAAUCUUGAUUGGAACACUCCAGACUUUGACAUUGAUGCACCUUCAAGCAAAUUUAAACUGCCAAAGCUGGGCUUCUCAGACAGCCAGCCAGAAGGACCUGAUCUUAAAAUCAGAUCUCCAAAGCUGAAUCUCAAAAGCCCAAAAAUAAAGGGAGGAAUCGAUACCCCAGACAUGGAUCUGACUCUGCCUCGGUCUGAUUUGAAAGGCCCAAACCUAGAUAUCAAAUCACCUGAUAUUGAUUUUAAUGGCCCUUCAGGUAAAAUGAAUAUGCCAAAGUUAAAGAUGCCCAGUUUUGGCCUGUCAGGUUUGAAAGGACCACAUAUGAAUAUGGAUGCUGACAUUGAUCAGCCCAACCUUAAUCUGAGCGCAUCAGCUCCCAAAUUAAAUGCUGGGAUUAAUCGUCCUGAUAUUAACAUUCAUGGUCCUAAUGUUGAUAUUAAAGGUCCAAGAACAGACCUUACACUUCCUGACAUGGACAUGCGAUCUGGACAAAUGAAAAUGCCUGCUUUUAAGAUGCCUGAUAUUGGUUUCUCAGCACCCAAAAUAAAGACACCUGACUAUGAUCUAAAGACACCUAAAAUGGACCUCUCGACUCCGAAGAUUAAGACAGAAUUUCUUUCCCCAGACUUCAGUAUCAGAGGUCAUAAGCCAGAUAUCACAGCCCCAGAUAUGAAUGUUGAUUUCCAUAAAGGCAAAAUAAAAGGACCAAAUUUCAAGAAACCCAGUUUUGAUGUGAACGCACCAGACUUUGGCAUUGAUUCUCCUUCUGGGAAAAUGAAACUCUCAGGAAACAUGCCAGAAGGAACAGAUGUUAAAUUCAGCUCUCCAAAGAUGAAUUUUAAAACCCACCAAAUUAAAGGAGGAAUUGAUAGCCCUGAUUUUCAUGGGCUGAGGUCUGAUGUUGAUUUUGGUACCUAUACACAAAUGCAUGCUAACAGCUUUGCAGUCCCAAGAGGUAAAACAAAGGCAACCAUAAUGUAUGGUCUUGAUGCUCCCUCAAGAGACUUCAGAAUACCGACACAUCAGAAAUAUAGUGCCCCAGAAUUUAACAUGCAGGACCCCUAUUAUGACUUGAACAGAGACAUGGAAGUUUCAGGAAAAGCUCAGUGGGCUACAAUGCAAAAACAUGUCUCUGGCCAGACCAGAAUCUCUGGAGUGGGUCCAACAUCUUCAGAUGUUUACUACAAUGAUAUGUCUGGGGCAUUCAGGUCAGGACAUCAUAAAACAAAAGCAAGUAGCUUUGAUAUGGAUGGCAACUGGAACAAUAUAUCAGUGCCUAAACUUCAAGUUUCAAGAAAUAGAGAAAAUGUAGCUGUGAGAAAUUCAAAUAUGGGAAUGAAUACCAUGCAAAGAUCAGGUGAUAAUGCAGGUUAUUAUAGGAAGAUGGUUCCUAGACGUUAUUAUUACACUACUGAUGAUAUAUGCUACACUUACAAAGGGAUGCCUAGAAGAGAUGGAUGGGGCAACGGGCAAAUUGACCAUAGUCGCAGACAGACAAUGAGAUAUCUGCAAAUACAUGCGAUGGAUCUCGAGGUUCCAGAAAGAACUUUGAAAGCAUCGAAAUUUAACGUUCUUAAACUAAUGUAGGAUCAUUAAAAGAAAGGGAUGUGGGAGACAAGAAUGAGCUUGUCCUUAGCAAUCAUGUUUACAGGGCUGAUAAGAACUAAUAGCAUAUUUAAAACUAUAAAAACUUAAGAGUAGAUACUGUAAAUGUGCUUGAGCAAACUUAAAACUGAUGAACAAGCCUUUCCCUAAAGGAGAUGUUAUUGAAAUGUUAGCAUAAACUUGCACUUACAGUAUCAUAGAUCAUUAGGUUAUAACUUUUUUAAAGAGUUUAUGUACUAUAUGUAUAUGACAAAAUAUGUGACAAUAUUAUGUGGAUCUUGCCUGAUUAAAUGUUGUAAAUCAUAUAUAUUUUGUAAAUUAUGUAAAAUUCUACAGUAAUGUAUAAAUACAGUGCGGAUGAAAUAUACACAUGUAAAAAGUUUUGCCUGGAAAACGGUUUGUUUGGAUAUCUCGUUUCUUGCCAACUAUUUGUUUAGUUUUUGCAAAUUUUUAGUGCUCAUUGAUACAAUAAGGUACACGUAGGGGGAUUUGUUUUGAUGGAUGUAUAUAAAUCAUUUGUGAAAUAUUCCUACUGACAUUGUUGCUUCAAGAUACAAAAGCAGUUGUUGUAGAACACUUCAAAUGUUAUGCAAUUAAAAUUUACAUUAGUGUACCA